UAUCAAUAAUCAAACUUUAUUAAAAAUCUCAUUAAUCCAGCUGUUGAUAGGGAGAUGUGUUGAGGAAAGUUUCUGUUGUAUCUGCGAUAGUAUUUUGUGCGAUAACAGUAUCAACAAAAAUAUCUCUUGUAGAGCAAGAGUAUUACUUUGAUGCAUUCUAGUCAAGUUAAAAUGACACCUAAUUGUGACAUGUUUGUUGUAAAUAAGGCAGAAAUAUGUGGUUGUCUAAGCCUAACAUAUUUUCAUGACUGUUUCAGAUGUGUUUUCUGUUGUUAUGAUGAGCGUGUGCUCAGUCAAAGUCAUUGAUCUCAGCAUCAGGCAGCAGAUCAGCUUUCUCUACAGGGUCACCACUUUCCCAGAUCCACACAGAGCUGUGUGAGUCUCUCUCCAUCAACCUCCCCCCAGCCCGCCAGCUGUUCCCCUGAGAUCUAACCAUUAUCCUUAAGGCAAUAACACCAUUCAGUGUCUUGCAUCCUUUAUUGUCUUGCUGAGCUCUCUGAUUGGCUCAGACUGUGAGAAACUCCAGUCAGACCAAGACCCACACAUUCAUAUGGAGAUGUGGGAGUAUAAAUAGGAGGGAUGAAGCCAGCAGAGAUCAGAUUCUCGCUACAGCACAGAGAUCCAGCCAUGGCACCUGUCACUGCGACAAUGACCGGUUCUCAGGAGCAUCCAACUCUGACCCACAAGCUCAGAAAGCCUCUGGUGGAGAAGUUACGCAGAGAGCGAAUUAACACCAGCAUUGAGCAGCUCAAGUCUCUGCUGGGUCCAGAGUUCCUGAAACAGCAGCCAGACUCCAAACUGGAGAAGGCAGACAUCCUGGAGAUGACAGUUUGCUUCCUGAGACGACUGCAGCAGCAGCGUCAAGCUGUGAACUCUGCAACAGUCGAUCAGGGCUACUCCAGGUGUGUCCAAGAAAUGGUCCAUUUCCUGUCCAAAGAUGAGGUGAAGACUCAGUCCCAGAGAAGACUGCUGAACCAUGUCAACAACCUGCAUGCUUCUUCUAAUAAGAACCUGAGAGAGGCCAACUUAUCUAGCUCCACAGUCCAGAUGAGCAUCAUCAAAGACAAAAGUCCAGUCAGCACUGCUCUAUGGAGACCUUGGUAGAAGCCUUGGAAGGACUUGUGUAAAAGUGUGCUUGGAAAUAAAAACUCUAUCUUCGUAGAAGUACCUGUAAUUGUACUUGUUUCUGGGAUUGUCUUAUUUUGAAGGGUGCCUGUGCAGCAUUUUCCUUUAAUCUAUAUUAUUGCCUUUUGUAAAGGUCAGAUUCUGUGUUUCUGCAAUAUUUGCAGACAACGGGUUGGCUGUUAUUUUGUGUUUCAAAAGUAGUCUUAUUCCGAUUCAUUGUGAAGUAGACGUUAUUAUUCCCAGUUUGAAUUCCUAUAUAAUGUUGGUUACACUGACAGUGAUGUAUGUAUGCAUGUUGAACAUGUGUAAAAUUUUAUGUGAUAUCCACAUACUUUACUGAUUGAAAUGUCCUUUCUGGUCUUUAAAUGUGUUAACUGUCUGCAUUUUUAGCAGAUAACCUUCAAGACAAACGUGUUGCUUAUUGACUCUGUGAGUGACAGCACACAUACCUUCAAUGAAGGCGCUGUUAUUUGUAAAACAUCUCAAAAUGAAUGUAUCUCUUCAAGCCAAGUGAUGCGCAAUAAAGCAAUCAGAAAAAACAACACAUUUUGCUUGACUUAUUUUGAUUAUUUAAUCAUGGAAAUUAUAUAAAACUGAAAAUCUGCUCUGCAUGUUUAACAACGUGUUUUUUAAUAGGCAACGUUAUCUGAAACAACAGGGUAACUUUACCUGCUGUUUACUGAGAAAAAUGUUUUAACAUCUUUUGGCACAACUGCUUAUUUCUCACUUGACUAUGACUGCUUUUGUUAGGUUCACAUAAAAAUGUGACGGACCGUAGAACAGACAGACAGAUGCUGGUAAAACUCUUCUCUUUUGAGCUAAUAGCUUACACCAUAUUUCAUCAUUCUAAAAUGUGGUGUUAUAUAAAACAGCAUGACAUAUAGCUACUGCAUAUGCUGAUGGGAUUAGCAGCACUUUUUCACAAG